AUGCAAGGACAUCAAGAUGGAAACGUUUCUUACAAUGAUUUUUUUUUAAUUGGAUUUUCUGGACUUAAAGAACACAGAUGGCUGCUUUUCUUCCCUUUCUUUCUGUUGUUUCUGUUAUCUCUUGUGGCCAACUCACUUCUAAUAUUUGUUAUUAAGACACAAACGAGUUUACACUCUCCAAUGUGUGUUUUAAUUGGUGCCACAUCAGUUGUAAACCUGUUUCUGAUUAUGUCUUUCAUGCCUAGAAUGUUGUUAAGCUUUUUAUUGAACUGGAAUGCCAUUUCUCUGUUGGGGUGUCUGGUCCAAAUGUUUUUUAUUAAUUUCAUUGGCACAUUUCAAACAUCUAUUAUCCUCCUAAUGGCUAUAGAUCGCUAUUUUGCCAUAUGCGUUCCACUGCGCUAUAAUGACUAUUUGAAUACUGCAAAUUGUGUUAAAUUUGUUUUUGUAUCACUUAUCAGAAAUGGUUCAUUUCUUGUGGUUAUUGCCUUCCUUGAUGGCAAUCUCUCCUACUGUAAAUCAAAUAUCAUAGAUCAUUGUUUCUGUGAGCACAUGGCCCUGGUGGGCCUGGCUUGUGGAAAUACAGUAAUAAACAGUAUUGUAGGUUUGCUAAUAAUAUCUUUUAUAACAGUUGUUGAUGGGUUGUGUGUUAUUAUUUCAUAUGUCAAAAUUUUCAUUUCUGUUUUUUUGAGGGGCUCUGGAAAAUCCUCCCGAAAAGCAAUCCAUACCUGUACUACUCACAUCAUAGUCUUACUCUUGAAUUACUUCUGUGCAUUGCUUGCAUUACUUUCAUAUAGGGUUGGGAACAAUCUCUCUCCCAAUAUCCGUGUCCUGAUUAGUAUAUUAUAUCUGCUUUUUCCCAGUUGUGUACACCCAAUUAUUUAUGGCUUCAAAACUAAAGACAUAAGAGAACAUUUACUUAGACUUCUUCAAACUAUUAAAAUCUCUUAA